UUUUUGUUAAGAAACAUCCUUUUGACCCACUAUUACCAUCAAUUAAUCAUGAAACAUAUACAUAUUCAUCUCUUUUUGUACAUAUUAAUCUUUUUUUCUUUUUUUUUACUUAAACUGAGCGGAUGUCAUCUAUACACACACGCAUCAGCAGGGGCUUAAUCACCAUGGUAACCAUCAUCCACAGCCCUCCCUCCUGCAUCUCGCUCCCCUCCCCCUGCACUCGGCUCCAGUCAGCGUGCAGGGAGAGGGGGGGGGGGAGUGCCACUCCCAUCAUGCUUUGCAAAAGGAAGCAGGAAGAAGCCUGAAGCAGUCACUGAGCAGCAGAGUAGACGUUGGUAUACAGGAAAACAGACUGAUGUUGGAUGAGGAGGCACCAGUCAGGGAGGUAUGGCCAAUGUUGCCUCCAGGACUCAUUCAAGCGGCUCCUUCUCUCUGGGAGCACAGCUGACCAUCUUAUCCUCCACCCCUCCCUCUUCAUAUCACCGUGCUGCUUCCUCCACCUUCCUGAGACCAUGGAGGAGGUUACCAAGGUCACAGAAACCACCCCACAACCUCUCCUGGAACGGCGGGUUCGCCAGCGACAGCCCACAGUAUCAGUCCUCAAAUCCAAGCUGAAGCAGAGUGUGACUUGCUCUGUGCCCAGAGUCCGAUCCACCCUGUCUGGGUUCUUCCCUGUGGUGCGCUGGCUACCUAAAUACAAGCUCAGAGAGUAUGUCUGGGGUGAUGUGAUGUCCGGAGUCAUUGUGGGUAUCAUCUUGGUACCGCAGGCCAUAGCCUACUGCCUGCUGGCUGGAGUUGAGCCCAUCUAUGGCUUAUACACCUCAUUUUACGCCAACAUCAUCUACUUCAUCAUGGGGACGUCCAGGCAUGUUUCUGUGGGGAUCUUUAGCCUCAUGAGCCUCAUGGUUGGACAGGUGGUGGAUAGGGAGGUGUUCCUGGCUGGUUUUGACCUCAGUGAAGAUGUGUCAGCUUCUGGUCCUGAUGUGUUAAAUGGUUCAUUGGGCAUCAACCUCACAGAAGGUAAACUGCAUAGUGUGGAGCUAAUGGGCCUGCAGUGCGGGAAGGAGUGUUACGCCAUCAGCAUCGCUGCUGCCAUUACAUUCUUGGCUGGUAUCUAUCAGGUCAUGAUGGCCCUGUUUCAGCUAGGCUUCGUCUCUGUGUACCUUUCAUCUCCCAUGCUGGAUGGUUUUGCCACGGGAGCCUCUUUCACCAUCCUGACCGUGCAGGCUAAAUACUUGCUGGGUCUAAAGAUUCCUCGUCACCAGGGCUAUGGCACAGUUGUCGUCACCUGGUUCAACAUCUUCGCCAACAUUCAAAAUACCAACCUUUGUGACCUCAUCACUAGCACUAUCUGUAUCUCUGUUUUAGUGGCAGGGAAAGAGAUCCAAGAGCGCUACAAGGAUCGUCUAAAGAUUCCUCUGCCAACUGAGCUGAUCGUAGUGGCCGGAUCUACACUGGCCAGCCAUUAUGGGAUGCUGAACAGCCGUUACAGCUCCAGUGUUUCCGGUCAUAUCCCCACAGGAUUCAUCCCUCCCCAGGUGCCAAACUUUAGUCUGAUGUCACGAGUGGCACUGGAUGCCAUCCCUCUAGCUGUCAUUAGUUUUGCCUUCACGGUGUCGCUAUCUGAGAUGUUUGCUAAGAAAAAUGGCUACACAGUUCGUCCCAACCAGGAGAUGCUAGCCAUCGGCUUCUGUAACAUCAUCCCCUCCUUCUUCCACUGUUUCACCACCAGUGCAGCUCUGGCAAAAACCAUGGUGAAGGACUCAACUGGUUGCCAGACACAGGUAUCGAGUCUGAUCAGCGCCCUGGUUGUCCUUCUCGUCCUCCUCUUCUUCGCACCUUUCUUCCACGCUCUCCAGAAGUGUGUUCUUGCUUGUAUCAUCAUUGUCAGCCUUCGCGGGGCACUGAGGAAGUUCAUGGACAUCCCGGCUAAGUGGCGCGCCAGCCGGAAUGACGCUAUUGUUUGGCUGGUGGCCAUGUCAGCCACAGCUCUGAUCAGUGUGGAGCUGGGCCUCCUGGUCGGAAUCGUCUUCUCCAUGAUCUGCAUUAUCUUCAAGACCCAGAACCCUAAGGUUUCUCUCCUCGGCCGGGCCAGUGACACUGAUCUUUAUGAGGACAUGGAGGAGUACAAGAACCUCAUGCCACCACCUAGGGUUCAGGUUUUCCGCUUCCAGGCUCCUCUCUACUACGCCAACAAGGAGUCCUUCCUCAAAUCCCUCUACAAAACUGUGGGAGUUGAACCUUUCUUGGAGAUGACUAAGAGGAGAAAGGCAGAGAAGAAGGCCAAAGAGAUGUCCGCACAGCAGGCCAAGGCAAACGGGGAUAAAACCAACGGAGAGGUUGUUGUAGGACUCGUUCCAAGAGAACUUGAUUUCCACACGAUUGUUUUAGACUGCUCUGCCAUCCCUUUCAUAGACUCUACAGGCAUGGCCACGUUUAAGGGGCUGGUCAAUGAAUAUAAAGAGAUCGGGGUAAGCGUGCUCUUCGCCAGCUGUAACACCUCAGUUAUUGAUACCCUGCAGAAGGGACAGUUCUUUGGGAAGAACGACAAAGACAUGAGCAGCCUACUGUUUCAUACAGUUCAUGCUGCAGUUCUUCAUGCAAACAGUAUGCCUUCAGCAGCAGAGAGCAAGUCAGAAGACUCCAUGGUGUAGAGCAGCUGGAAGAAGGGAAUAGAGAAAAUAUUGUGAUGUGUUCCAUUUCUUCUUGUCCUUUCUUAUGUAAUCCUAAAGGAAAUUUGGGUACAGUAUGCUAUCUUGCCAGCUGUAACAAUGCUGCAUCAGGUAGCAUUGAGGUUGCCUUUUAGGAAGCUUUGUUCAAGAAAAUACAGGGUACCAAAAGUGUCCCAUUAGGAAGAGUAUCUUGAGAAUUUUUGUAAUGUUUUGUAUUAAAUACCCAAACCAGAAAAAAACCUGAUCUACCCAAAAAGCCUUCUUGAAAGCUGUUUAAAAUUUAAAGAGCAAUUCCACUACUGCAAAGAGUGUCAUUUCAUAAGACUGUGCUAUCUAUGUAGUAGAAAGCUGCAUUUAUUUUUAUAAUUUGUGCCCUACCGGAGAAUAAAAGGCUGUGGCGUUCCCUAUUGCUCUCAAGGGGGAAAUCCUACAACAAACAGGAUCUAUUGCAUGCAACGCCUUCCAAGGCUUCUCUCAGGCCAAUCAUUUUAUCUGUACAUAAACUGCAGCUGCCCUUUCCUCCUCCAUACGUCCUCAAACUCCAACUAGAUUCAUUUAAGCUGCUCAGAUUAUCUGAUUUCAUAAUAAUAUAACUAGUUUUUUAGUACUCAUAUCAGUUUUUCACUCAUCACUAGCGUGAAAACACUAUUGCGGACUGCUUUUUUCAAGACACCCUUCUACCCUUCCUCAGAGGUAGGCCUAUAAAAAAAUAAGGAAGCACAAUACCCAUAAAAGUCAAACAUUUUAAUUUAUGGCCUAUAUAUACCUAUAUACCCCAUAUUUCUUGGUCGACUCAGUUUUCAUAUUUGUUACACCUUUUGUUGCUAUGUAGUUCAGUUUCAAUGUCAGAUAAUAAUAAAGGAAAGGAGAGAUGAUUGUUUUAAGUUGGUUGCAUUAUAAACUUGUUUGCUUAGCAGUUGGACUGAAGUUUAUAUUAGGGCUGCUCCAUCUCUAAUUGACCGUGCCAGUUGUGGUCACUUCUCCCACCUCCUCUCAACAUCUUUCCUCUCUUCCUUUCCUCAUUUCCUCUAACUAACAUCCUGGCUGAACACAAGUCCUAGUGAGGAAGGAAAGGGAUUUAGCAGGAGGAAAGACUAAAGGAACGCACACAUAACUCUAUACCCCGGAGAGCUAUUGUGGCUUAUUUUUAAUCACUAAAUCUGAAGGUUUCACAGAGUCUGAUAUUAAGUGACCCUGAAGACUUUUCAGGGGGAACUGCCCAUGAUCUUUAGCAUGAGUAACAUCAGUAAAUGAGGUCCAAUAAAUGUAAAUACAGGAGGCAUUUUCAUAUGCAUUUAAUCUGUACAUGCUUGCUAAUUUAGUGCUUUAUUGCACAGUUGUUUUGUAUGAAUGUUAUUAGUCACAAAUGUGUUUUCUUUCAUUUCCAAAUUAGUUUGUGUUCAGACAAUUAAAGCUGUUUAUAUCUGGGUUUCUCAUAUAACACAAUAUCAAAAGCAGAGCGUAAUGUGAUGAAAGUUGUUUCAACAUCAAUCCUUUAGACAAAAUCCAGAAUGGCUCUACUCCAGGAGUCCAGAGUCCAGACAUCGAGACUAUUACCUUGGACCUGAAAAUCAUUUCUCAAAGGAAAGUUAAACGUUUCCUGACUUACAGAGAAAGUGCUUGUGCGUGGCGGGGAGAAACACUUUAUGUGUCCUCACGAGAACAGUGUGCUUUUUCAGUCUCAAUCUGAAAGCAGGGUUCAUUACAACAUACUUGUACUCUUGCCCUGUACUCUAGUCACCUAACAGGAACAGAUUUAUGAUCUGUUCUCAUAAAAAUAAAGGAUUUACACAUCUGAAAUCUCUUCUCGGGUGCAGGAUGAAAGCAAGACAUCAUUUGGUGCUUCUGAAAUUUAUAUUUUUAUUGAAAAAACUGAAGGCAGCAGGUGAUGCCACAUAUUCGAUUAAAUGCAUCACUGCCAUUGGUUUUUUAAAUCAAAUAUUUUGUGACUGGCAAGAAUAAGAGCAGACGUAGCCUCUUUGUUAAAUCACGCUUUUCUUUAUGUAUUGUGCAAAAUGUGAAAUCUAGACUGAAAUAAUUUAACUUUUGUUACUAAUAUAUGUAAUCUUUCAAAAAGGAUGUAUUUUUACUUCCAUGUGAACAUGUUCAUGUCAAGACAUGUCUCAUUUGUCAAUUUAAAAAAUGGCCAUUUUGUAUUUUCAUAUACUUGUCAUUUUUCCAUGCAUUAAUUUAACUGGAAUUGUGAUAGUCAUUACUGAGCAUUAACUUUUUUAGAGGAAGUCUGUCUGACAUUCAUUUUUGACAUAGUGUUGACAUUCAACAUCCAUAUAUAUACACUGCCUUAAUGCCAACUACUUGAAUUAAAUUAAAGUUUUUAGUGAAAAGAUCGUGUCUGUGACUGUAUUAUUGCCUUUAGAAAGAGACAUUUAUCAUGGGAACACCCAUUAAUGACAACUCUUACUUAUUUUGCUAAAAGUAUAUUAAAGCUGCACUAAUCAAUAUUUUUAUAAUAACAAAAUAUCAAAUAACUAUCUGUGAUAUGAAAAGGGUCGCUCAUAGUGACCAACUAUAAAUUAAUUAUCACCUGACUCUGCAAUUCCCUUCACCUUUAUGGUGCAUUUUAGUGUCUUUCAGCUCAUUGUUUUGGUUUUAUGACCAACAACUUUACUGUUUUAGUU